AUGAUGGUGCGAGAAGGCAAUCGGAGUCUCAUAUCACGUAUUGCUAAAGGCAAGAAGAGAAAAUUAAGACGAGAAAUCCGUGCACCGCCACACUUCUGCGCGAUUGUGUGCACCAGUCUCUGCUUCAGUCGUCUCGCUGCAACCCUCAGCAUCCUGGUGCUCAAUCCGUCUCCGUACGGAUCGAGUAUCUCGACGGCUUUCCACCAGGUGCUGAGUGCAAACCACAAGGUGAUAUCCGUCUCACCGCUUCACCUGACUUCGCCUACCGAGAACGAGGUCACCAUCGACACCACUCCUAUUAGUGAUGCUGAUCUCAAAGAUUUCCUGGACGAGCAGGAAUUCGACCUGGACGACCUGCUCGGCCUCCAGGUCGGAGAUAAAUUUUACGGAUGCAAACAGGACGACAGGUGGUAUGUCAAGGGCUCUGUGAUGGGCACUGCGCUUUUCGCGCUCGACUAUCUCCUUCCGCACCACUACACGGAGAUGUCGUCCAUCGACAUAAUAAUCGUCGCGUCUGCGGGCCAUCUCGUGGACGGUUUGUACUGUCAACAAACGUACGUGGACCUGACCGUGAUGAGGCUCGCACAGACCAGAAACAUCCCCGUUCUCAACGUCAACAGCAACGAGGAUCUGGGCAUGAUAGCUGCCAGUCCCUUGGACGAGUACAACGCGGACGAGGCCAGCGAAUUUUUGGCCCUGUACAUACAGCGAAUUGAGGCGCUGGUCGCACAGCUCACGCACGAGUCCAGUUAUGGUAAACAUAACUUCCAUACCUCGCGUUCGCUACAAAGAUCGCCAAAACUGAGACAGUACUUUGAGAACGAGAGACGGAACGAUAACCCUAGACUGCUGCCCAACGGUGUGGGGCUCAAUAUCAAUCUGCGCGCACAGGCCUCGUGCAUGGACACCGACAGAGAUUUCAGCUUCAUCGAGACCCGCACAAUAGGGGGGUAUAACAAGGUUCCGUCCUUGAGUUAUGAUGAAACCAGAGGUGUCGCCAAGAUCGACUCUGUGUACAGCAUCGACAAGGAUCUGCCGCGGAACAAGGACAAAAUCCUCAGCGAGAUGAGUGUAGACAACGGCGACUGCCUGAUCACCGUCACGCCUAUCAGCUGGUCUGGAGGAGAUUUUGAGACCUACAAUAUUCUUGGCAACGUGCUCGAGCAACUGAACGCGGACCACCCGGAAGAGAGCCCAAAACUUGUCCAGCAAAUUAUUGAUAGUACAUAA